AUCGGAAGAUCAACAAUAAUUCAAAAUGGAGGCCGCAACCAAGCCAGAUGUCAGAAUAUCUCGAUAAAACGGUAGAAUGGUUGAUUAAACAAGAGAAGAUUUCGGUUAUGGCACCGUUGAGAGGGCUAAUUACGUGGCAGCAUAUUCUAUGCUAAGUAGUGUUAGUAGCAGACGUAUCACGUUACGAUGAGAUUGUGCUCAUCGAAUUACGAUAUAACGUAACCUUUUCCAGAAGUAUACAGAGGUGUCGGAACGGAGCGAGACCUCCGCCGUGCGGAGAUUUCAUGACUAUCAUAAGGAGAAGAUAGUAAAUCCAAUUAAACUCAUGGUACAUGCAUUGGCUGAUUUUAUGUCUACUCUUUAAUUUUUCGAUUGAAAAAUAAAGAAGAGAAAUGAGUGGAAGAGAUGGAGGAACGGAUGUAGGACAUGGAUGGCACAAAUGCGCAAAUUGGUUGACACGAUGUGGAGCACUACGUGCAGACCAUCGUGCUAAUUGGACUUCGGCGACUGCUUUUGACUUGGCUUAUACAUUGCGUGAUGGAGUGUUACUGUGCAAUCUGCUGAACAUCAUAGAGCCUGGAUGUAUAGACAUGAAGGAUGUAAAUCAAACACCUCAAAUGGCACAAUUUUUGUGUUUACGUAAUAUAAAAAUUUUCUUGUCUGCUUGCUCCUCCAUGUUUGGCCUACCAGACACAGAUUUAUUUGAGCCUACCAUGUUAUUCGACCUAUCAAACUUUCAUCGAGUACUGUGUACUCUUUCCGCUUUGUCAAGUUGUCCUUACCUGAGACGCAAAGGCAUUCCUGGCUUCUCCGUGGGACGCGACAGAUCUCAGGAAGAUAUUUAUAAGAAUUUACAGAGCGCAGGUGCAGGACGCGAAGACGAAGGACGUCGUCGAAGAUUUAAGCGACGGGAGGGCGAUGAGCCAGGCAAUGGGGGGGACAACGAAGAUCCAGUCGCGGAGGAUGGUUACGGAGCAUACUGCAAUCAUGCUCGAAGCGAAGAAAUUUACCAGGAUCUUUGUAGUUUGCAUCUGCCAUUACCCCCGUCUGCUGCUCAGGGUGGUGUAAUAUCCGGAGGAGAGAAGAGGGAUUACGUUGUCCAGGAACUAGUGGAGACAGAAAGGAAUUAUUCUGAAGUACUGAACAGCAUGCUGAAGCAUUUCGCGAGACCGCUUUCGGCGUUACUUCGACCCGAGGAUUCCGCAAAGAUCUUCUUCGGAAUCAAAGAACUCUCGGAGAUCCAUGUCGGGUUUCACAGUCAACUUCGGAAAGCCCGCAAUGGAGCUGCCUUGGCACAGGUGUUUCUCGACUGGCGAGAAAAAUUCCUCAUUUACGGAGACUACUGCGCAAAUUUGACUGCUGCCCAGAGUACGUUGCAAGACUUAUGCGCACGUAACGAGGCGAUUAACCAGGAAGUUAUCAGGUGCCAACAAGAAGCAAACAACGGCAAGUUCAAGUUGCGAGACAUACUGUCCGUACCGAUGCAGAGGGUGCUCAAAUACCACUUAUUAUUGGACAAACUGGUGGAGGAGACUCCACGAGACUGGGUCGAUGAUCGCCGACAAUUGGGCAGAGCUAGAGAAGUGAUGGUUGACGUAGCACAAUAUAUAAACGAAGUUAAACGUGAUUCCGAUACGUUGGAUAUAAUCAGAGAUAUACAGGCCUCGAUAGUUGAUUGGAACGUGAGGGAAUGUGAGCCGCGACUGAAGGACUUCGGGCGGCUGCUGAUGGACGGGGAGCUCAAAGUCAAGGCUCAUGGCGAUCAACGGGUGAAAGCACGGUACGCAUUUGUCUUUGAGCAAGCUGUGUUGGUAUGUAAAGCCGGAAAGGGGGAUCAAUAUUGCUAUAGAGAGACUCUUCGAUUGGAUGAUUACCGGCUGGAAGAUCAUACAGGAAGACGGACCCUUGGAAGAGAUUCCCGAUGGUCUUAUCAAUGGCUACUGGUGCACAAGCAAGCGUACACCGCGUACACUUUAUACGCUCGAACCGAAGAGCAAAAACAAACGUGGAUCAAAGCAUUGCAGGAUGCGAUGGAUAACGUUAAUCCUGCGGCGUGCCGUAACACAAAUCACAAAUUCAGAUUGACGACGUUCGAUACCGCACGUAGUUGCCAGCGAUGUGGCAAGUUUCUUAAAGGACGGAUCUUUCAAGGAUACAGGUGUGAUGUAUGUCGGCUAGCGGUGCAUAAACAAUGCAUAUCAUACUCAGGGCGUUGUACGCCUAUUCCACCACCGCCUCCCCCACCGCCACCAUCGCCUUAUGAACGUGCCUUGGCAACCAAAUUGUGGUUCGUCGGAGAAAUGGGCAGAGACGCAGCGGCUCAUAAACUGGAACCGCGUGAAGACGGCACGUACAUGUUACGCGUUCGACCAGCGGGUCAACCUCGACUUAAACACGAAACUAACUAUGCUCUUAGCAUCAAGGCUGUAGGGGCAGUCAAGCAUAUUAGAGUAUUUAAACGACACAGUGAGGGAGCAGAUCUAUACUACCUUAGCGAGUCUCGUUUUUUCAAAAGUGUCAUCGAACUCGUAGAGUAUUAUGAAAGAGCGUCGUUAUCAGAAAAUUUUGAAAAAUUAGAUCAACGUCUAUUGUGGCCGUUCAGACGAGUGUUGGCAAAAGCAUUAUUUGAUUUCCGAGGGAGUGAACGCAACCAACUAAGUUUACGCCGUGGUUGCAGAGUUGUUGUUCUGAGUAAGGAAGGUGAUGCAAAAGGAUGGUGGAAAGGAAAGAUCGGCGAUCAAGUUGGAUUUUUCCCUAAAGAAUAUGUCGAAGAAGAAUAGACAGUAUUUAAUUAAUUGGACUCUAUCAGCAUUUUAAUUUUACUCUAGGGCAUUCCAUUCCUUGAGAUCGUCCUUCCAUGUGAUUUGUUUUGACUUAUGUGAAUAUAUCUCAUAUAUUAUACACAUGGUCCCACCAUUUCGUUACGAUAAAAAAUCAAUUCAAAUAUAUAUUUUAUAAAGCUUUCUAUAGAUGUUACUGUACGGGGAUGCUGUUACCCGCGUUUUACUGAACGAAUACUGUUAUAAUAUAAAAUUACAUAUUAUAUAUAUACAUAUAUGUUAUAUUAAUGCGAUAGUUAAAUCGCGCCGUUUAUAGAAAUGUACAUAAGUAUAUAUUUAUUGUGUAUGUAUAAAGAUACACUAAUGCUUCAGCAUAUGACACAAUUAACAUUAUCAUACAAAAGUUCACAAUAUUUUUCAUUCCAUAGGUGUUCUUUGACAAUCGUGCCAACAAAACUUCUUAAUAAAAUUAGAAGUUUGUCAAAUCGUUA